AUGAAUGCCGUGGUAAUCGCAGUGUCCGUGGGUUCACUUCUGAAAACUCAGAUACAGAGCUUAUUUACGAAUCGUACGACUAUUGAAGAUUCUCUUCUCACUUUUCUCGACAAGGACGAACUGAAUCACGAAUUCCCCGUAUUCGAUUUCGGAUCUCGAAUGGAGAACUUCUGUUCGAUUUUCGGUAAAUCACCGGUGAAAUGGUUUCUACCCGUCUUCACAACACCUGGAGAUGGAGUGAACUACUUCUAUGCUGUUCGUUUUGGAAAAGAUGUGGCGAAUCCGGCAAAACCUCACCGAAGGAAACGAUUCUACAUUUGUUAG